UGAGAUUUUGGAAACGCAGCACUUGAAGGCAGCACCAUGCGCUCACCAGCUGUCCAAUGAGAAUCCGUGAUCCUGGAGCGCGUGUGUGUUGCUCGUGGGGGUUGAAGCGAAGACGCGUGAGCGAGGCGACCAGCUUGAAUUCCGCUCAGCUAGAGAGGGAGGAGCUGCCACUUGGAAAUGGAAGCCAAUAAAGGUAAAGGGGAACAAGGAAUGCAAAUUCCUGGUGGACAGAUGGACAGACCUGUCAGCUUCCACUUCAUGGAAAGCAUGCUUCCCAAAGUAGUGAAGAGGCGAGUGCAUGCCUUGAAACGGCUACAAGUGCAGUGUGCUCACAUAGAGGCUAAAUUCUAUGAGGAAGUCCAUGAGCUAGAGAGGAAGUAUGCUGCCCUCUAUCAGCCAAUGUUUGAAAAGAGACGAGAUGUUGUCACAGGAACAGUGGAGCCCACAGAUGCAGAGUGCGAGUGGCACAGUGACAGAGAAGAAGAGGAGGAGCUAGCGGAGCAGGUAAAAGAAAAAGCUUCUAUUGAGGAUGCAAAGAAAGAGGAAGCCAAGCCAGAGGAAGACCCAAAAGGCAUCCCUGAGUUCUGGCUCACCAUAUUCAAGAGCGUGGACAUGCUCAGUGACAUGCUGCAGGAACAUGAUGAGGCCAUCCUAAAGCACUUGAAAGAUAUUCAAGUCAAGUUUUCUGAGCCAGGACAGCCAAUGAGUUUCACAUUAGAGUUCCACUUUGAGCCCAAUGGCUACUUCAACAAUGCCGUGCUCACUAAAGUCUACAAAAUGAAGUCGGAGCCUGACGCAACAGAGCCGUUCUCAUUCGAGGGGCCCGAGAUCAUUGACUGUGAAGGCUGUCAGAUAGACUGGCACAAGGGGAAGGAUGUGACUGUGAAAACUAUUAAGAAGAAGCAGAAGCAUAAAGGCCGCGGCACGGUUCGCACCGUUACCAAACAGGUCCCCAACGACUCUUUCUUCAACUUCUUUAACCCUAUCAAAGCUUCACCAGAAGGAGAAAUGGACGAAGACUCUGAGUUCACCCUAGCCACAGACUUUGAGAUUGGUCAUUUCUUCCGUGAGAGAAUAGUUCCCAGAGCAGUGCUGUAUUUCACCGGAGAGGCCCUGGAAGAUGACGAGAGCUUUGAAGAGGAGGAGAUGGAGGAGGGAGAUGAAGAGGAGCAAGAUGACGAGGGUGAUGAUGACGACGAUGAUGAGGGAGACACCAAUGCAUAAUCAAUCAUUCUCAUCCCAUGCAAUUUCUAGAAAGAACAGCCCCAGCCUGCCGAAUGCAAACAGCAGUAACCGUGGUGACCUGGUGGAGACCUGCUCUCCGUCAAAUCAGUUCUUAACCAAUCAACGAGUCCUCCUACGCCAUUUUAUGAACUCAUGAACGCAAUAGAACACAAACCAAACUGCGUUUUUUACUAUGUGCAUGACUUCUUUUCUUCCGUCUUGCGCCCAUCUAACACUUUUAUUUAGCUUCAUUCAAAACUCAUAGCGGGAAGUGACUUGACUCUAAUAAACUACCAUGUCAUCACACAGGGACAGUCUUCUUCUUUGGUAAGGUGGAGUAGGUUGCUACUGCCAACAACCUCAGAAUGUCAUCAUAUUGAAAAAAGCAUAGGAAAGAAAUGGAUCCCAACUUUAGUUUUCAUGGAAAUAAAUCAGUUACUCAGGGUUUUUUAUGCUAGUUACAGGAAAGUGUUGAACAAGUCUGACUUAAUCUUUCACUGGGGUUGCUGAAGUGUUUUUCUUUUGUUAUGGUAUUUCAAGAGGCAUACAAUGUAUCAUUUUGAAUUUAAUUUACUUUUGAAAAUGUUCAUUGUCAUUUCAUUGGACUAUUUAUUCUGGUGUAAUGCAGCUGAGGGGUCGCAUUUCAGGAACUCUGCUGCAGUUAAAGGCUUAUUCUCAUUGGCUCAAAUCUUAUUUGGGCUCAGCAGGUGUGGAAACUGCCAAGUCAUGUUUUUUAUUAUUGAAAUUAGUUUAAAACAUUUAAGAAUUGUGUCCUCCAUUAAUACUGCUCUCACUUCUGCCCAGCUCUAUUGGGCUUAACAAGCAUUUAAACUGAGCACUUGAUUGGACACGUAACACUAACUAACAUCAUAUGACAGGCAUGUGGUUAUACCUCAAAACUGUCAUACAUAUAUAUAUAUAUAGCUCUUCUCUGUUUGCCCCAGGUUGUUCAUGAACCCACGUCAACAAGGAUAAUAAAAACAAUUACAAAAUACAAGCUUUUGAAAAGUUAGAAUGUCUCUGCAUAGAGAAAUGCUCCUGUCUGGCUCUGCAUUUCACUGCAGGAUAACUCACUUAAUCAGACAAAAGGACUGAUCCACAACCUUUUUUGGGUUGCAUCAGUCUCGUAUGCAUAUUGUUCUAACAAAAGUUUAAAGUCAAUGAUGUGACGGGGUGCAAGAUGUUUGGAUCAAAUGUAAAUUAUGUUGCCAAAAGAAAGACAAAACCCACCGUCCUUUUUUAUUCAACUGUUUGCCAAUUGUCAUUAACAGUGUAAUCUAAUUCUAAAGUUGUUAAAGAAUAUAUAAAUGGAAAACAAAUGGAAGAGAUUGCCAAUGUAUUUUAUAUAAUGCACGCAUUUCGGCAGUUUGGAUGGACACUUUCGCCCGGUGUCUGCUCAGCGGAGGCAGUGCAGCGGGAAAAAACCUCUUUUUAAAAAGAACGAUUGUAGGUCUUCUUGGGAAGAUCUUUCAGAGCCACGGUUUUCAUCUUCAAAUUAACCACAUUGGGCCGUGUGCUAGCAAUGGCCUUAACUGGUUCUUAAUCACAAUUUGUUACUUGCGCAAUAUUUCUUUUCAAUUUGUACAGUUAAUUAAAAUAUUCUAUUAAAGUUGUGCAACAUGGAAA